AUGCCGCUCGCUUCGUCAAAGCGGGCGUCAAUGUGCUUUAAUUUCACCUAUCCCAAACAGCGUCCACCGAUGCCUACUAGGCUCAAUCCGCAGGCCGCAUCCUUGCUUUGCGCUAUAGGCCUCAUCUAAAUCUGUCUCCUGACGAAUGCCCGACGAGUAGCCAGCGUCCGCGCGGAGACCUAUUGCAACCUCUAUGCCCUGGACCGUAACAGCUUUCUUGAGGUCCUUCAAAAUUACCCCUUCAUGCGACGCACCCUCGAGUCCGUAGCUGCUGAAAGACUUCAUCAACUGGGCAGAGAUCCUCUGCAAGUCAUCCACCGGAAGAACCUUCAAGAGGAUCUAGAAAUUGUGAAGGAGAUAGUAACUCUGGCCGAAAAGAGUAUCAACGGGAAUGGUUCGACUUCUCUCCGACUAUCCCACUCAACUGAUGAAAACUCCGACUUCGAUGAUGGCAGUCCCUGUUCAGAGAAGAGCAGAAACCAGAAUCAAAGAAAUAAUCCCUCACCAUGGUCCCGCACCUUCAAGUCCAACGUCUACCAACACAAGCUCCGCAACCGCACAUCACAUCCUACCAAUGCGACAUCCCAUUCGGAUACCCGAUUUAACUUCAUUUGUUCCCCAAAAUACCGCUACGCUACCAAGCACAUCGUUCACCAGCGACCAAGUGCUCAAGAGCUUGAAGAUUAUUCAAGCGGGCAUUGGGGUGUACUGGCACUUUCACUGAUCACGUUGGGGUCUCCAAUUCGUCAAGGCACAGUGAACCGCAAUCGACAGAUAGACCAAACGCUUCGCCUAAACUACCAACCAAAAAGUGAGUGGAAGAUCGCAGCUGGCAGUUUCAGACAGCCUGAUACGAACGAGCCUCCGGGACCCAAACUCGGCUACAGUAGCGGUCGACGGGUCAAGUUGGGACCACACAGAUAG